AUGGACUUUUGGUCUCGUCUCAUCGGCGGCUCGCGCGCACUGUCUAAGAAGACCUCCAAGGCCACCUUACCCACCGAGCGCCUGACGGCAUUCAAGCGCGCCUGCAACGCUCUCCAGCAAAUAUGGCGCUCCACCAAUGCCCCAGCCGGCGAGCAGUCGGCGGCCCACGCUCGCGCUUACAUUGAACGACUGAAUUCCAUCCUCAGCGAAGAAUCGCGUGGACCGGCGCCACAUCCCUGUGUGGCCUAUGCGGCCUCGUCCCAGGUCUUCGUCACCGUUACCAAGCUCGCCUUGUCCUACUACGACGAAGGGGUCCUCCGAUCGGCCACCCUCUUCUUCAACACCCUAAUCGACGCCGAGGUCGACGGCGUGGUAGACAACCGACUAUUCGCUCGCGCGCUGGUGGACCUCGUUCGCCGGUCCGAAAAGCCGACCGAUGAAAUUGAAGGGAGACUCGUGGAACUACUAUUCGGCAUCGCCAACAAUAUCCGUCUGCAACCUGCCAUCCUGCCCGCGUGGUUUGGACCCAGGGCAGCCCAGGAUGGAGAGUCACCCGCUCCGAGCGGAUCGGAAUUUGCAGGAACCAUGCGCAAGGAUGACUUCCCACUGUUCUACUUGCUGGUGGACUAUGUUCAUAGCGAGGGCCGUGCCGGUGACUUUGCGCGCACGGGGCUACUGUACUUGAUCGAGACGGCGUCUAGGUCCAAGGACUUGGAGAAAUGGUUGAUUGAGAGUGAUUUGGCUACGCUGAUGGCCACUGGGCUGGGUGCGCUUUACAGCCAGCUCGGCAGUCUGUCUUUUACCCCUUCCGGUGACAACGUGCCUCAUAUCGUUGCCCUAUCAGACCACGCAAAGCAGGAGACGGCCCUGCAGCCGCAACUAGGCCAACCGAUGGAUUCGUUCAUGUCAUACCUGUUGUUCUGGCAAGACACGAUCGACCAUUGUAAGUCCGACGAGGUCAACGAUACCUUGUUGGAUCACUUUCAGGUACUCUUCCUCGAGCAGCUUCUUUACCCUUCUCUGCUGGAAUCAUCGGACGUGGCGGGCGGCUCUACAGCAGCCGUGUUGACCUACCUGUGUCGGAUUCUGGACUCGGUUUACCAAGGCGAGCUGGUGCAUCGUAUCUUACAUUUCCUACUUGCCUCUGCUCCUCCGAAGGAGCAGAUGGACAUGUCCGCUAGCAGGCGGAAAUCACUGACGGUGCUGGCUGCGCUGUCAUCCGAAGCGGCCCAGCCGCCUCCGUCGCUCUUCAAUCUACGCGAUCUGGCUCUCCUCGGACUCCAGUCGUCUAACCGACAGACCGUACUCGCGACGCUACGGCUUUUGACUGUUGUCCUGCAGCGGCAUCACCCGUUUGCGCGGAGCUUGGUCCACACCAUCCCUACUCAACCAGCGCAGCAGCGGUCUAUCGGGGCAUUCAACGCUGAGCUCGAACAACUGGUGGGCCUGGCUAGCUCACUGAUCGAUGACCCAACACUCAGUGAGUCCUACGAAAACUACAUUGCCGAUGCGACCUGGGUUCUCGAAUCCCGUCUGUGUCUGCCUGUCACUGCUGGGGACGAAGCUGAGGCAUUCCCGCUACCGAUGCAGCUCCAACAGGACGAUCCUCUCGUGAAAUCGCUUCUCGAAUGCCUGGGCACAUUUUUUACCAACAGCGUGAUUGUCAACCUGGCGCUGACGGGCGUCUUCAUCAGUCUGGCCUCGUCACAUCUCUUCUCGCUGGAUGGCUGGGUGCUGGUCGACCCGGCCCAGUACGAUGCUUCCGUGCCAGAGGAGACGGACGAUGCGCUGGACCGCAUCCGCCAGGCCUACCAGGCGCCUACGUGGCCCCCGAGUGCCGCUCCUACGUUGACCUGUGCCGUCCAACGUUUAGUUGACCAGGUCCGUCAAUGGCAGCGGGAUCUUCCCGACUUCGACGUCCUGAUUGCCGCCCGACGAGAGCUACUGCACCAGGACGGUCGUGCUCGCACCCCAGACCGAUCGCGCGAGCCCUCUGAGCCGCGGGCUCCUACGCCAGCAGACCGAUCGCAUCCAUCUUUCCCCGGGUCACCAGAUCCUGCAGCCUCCCGGGGCCGUUCCCCUCUCCCCUCGAGCUCACCUGCCGUCGCACUGAGUCCUGCACGCCGCGAGGCAUCGAUGGCACCACAGGCUGAAUCCCGGGGCACCUCCGUCUCUCGCACGGCCGCUGCGGAGGCAUUGCGGCAGCGACUAGCCACGCCGUUCCCUCCUACCACUGCUGCUCCCACGACGGCAGACACUGAUUCUACCCAGCCCGAAGAACCCACGGUUGGUGGGGAACGGGCAUCUGCAGCGACGCUGGGACAUGUGCUGACGAACGUGGUAAUCCUGUACGAAUUCGUGCUGGAGCUUUCGGCGGUGGUGCAAGUGCGGGCGAGUUUAUUUGAAGAGGCGGGAUAUUAA